CUUUGGGUUGAAAGGCAACAGUUCUAGCCACUAUGCAAUCAUCUGCUGCCAUAAUAAUAAGAAUAGUAAUAAUAAUAAUAAAGUUGGCAUUCCCAUUAAUACUGUAAAUAUCAUCAUCCCUCUGCAUGACAAAGCACAGCUCACUCAGUCACUUUUCACAUUUGCUUCUGCGGCUUUUGAGAGUCACGUCACAACGGUGUCAGAGGCAGCUGGAUGCAGAAGGCAAAGGACGAAAAGAAAAGAGGCUCUUCUGGUCUAAACCACACAGAUCCAGCUGUUGUCUUAUCCCACUCUCCACGUGGAUGUAGAUGUGUGAGGACAUGCAGAGGAGGGAUGGACAGUGGACGCGACCAUCACCACUGAAAUUGCACCUCCUCCGUGACCCGUCUCGUGUUCUCUUUGUGAAGAAUUCAGCUACACUGAGAUGUGGGUGGAAGAGCACUGAGAUCCAGGAGCACAAUCACCAGGAUGUGGGUGGGGAGAUUAGCACUCAUGCCUUAGCGCACAAUCUGGAAUAAACUUCUCAAACUGAGUCGGCGAGGAAUAAGAACAUCGUUUGUUGUGAAAUACAAGAAUGGAUACACAAGACUAUCAUUAUCCCUUGUAAAAUCUAAUUUUAAUGUCAGGCAUCAAUGGUAAGUGGAAUGAAAAUGUACCAAGUAUUAGAAGAUGUGGAGAAAUCUAGAGCUAAACUACAAAAACAAGUAGAACAUAUUCGUUUACCACUAGAACACUUUAUAUUCUGUAUUAAUAAACUUCUUGUAUCCUUUGUUCGAUGUUGCCGUUACACUGUAUCAACUGAACUGUUGUAGUUGUUACAUUGUAUCCAUUAUUUGAUCAUUUCUGUUGUUAAAUGGCUGCAGUUUUGACACUAUCAGUUAAACUGUAGCGAUUGUGAUAUCACUUGCUGAGUCGUUGCCCUUUGCUGCUCUUUGGCCCGUGGACUUUGACAGCAGAUCCCAGAGCCGGGUGACGCAGCACUGAUGACAUCAGUGACAUUUCUCAAUGCGUCGGACUCUCGGCACUCCGGCUCUUUCCAUUUCACUUUGCUCUGUGCUGCAAGGGAGCAGAUCCAGGCCACGGUCCAAAAUGCCCUCGUUCCUUUAGAUAAGACCCAGUGGACUUACUCCGUGCGACUUUAUUAUUCAUCGCCGCGCCGCUGGGCUCCUCCGGACACUUGAGCUCUUGUCUGGACGCUUUGCUCUCCGACUCCUUCGGCGCUUUUCCUGCUCUCACUGGAGAUGAACUUACCCCAGGAAAUAUGCGUUUUCUUCUUCUCCAUGUCGGCCCUCGGGGUUCUUUACGUUAUGAACAACAUAGCGGCUUUCCAAGAGCCUCUCGCCAUCCUGGCUAUUGGAGCAGCGCUGUCGGGUGCCGUCGUUCUCCUGGCGUUCCUCUCGGUCCGACACCGACCACCUAAAGAUCUGCUCUUCUACCUGUGUGUCGAGUUCUCCUUCGCCUCCGUCAUGAAGCUGACCAGUGCGCUGGAGCAGGACGGCUUCACUCGGGGAUUCACGGAGUUCUACCAGAGGACGGGGGAGCCCUACAUGGUGACCGCCUACGCCAUCAUGAUGUGCUACUGGGACGGGGUCGUACACUUCCUCCUCUACCUGCUCCUGCUACGACGCAUGUCCCGCACGGCGCCGUACCGAAGCGCGGGCCUCUUCUGGGCCGGAUCCUGCUUCGCCAGCAUGGCCGUCUUCAUCCCGGGGACCGUCAUCGGGAAGUACGGCUCCAGCACGCACCCGGCCUCCUGGCUGAACGGGCGCUUUCUGCUCGGCGCGGCGUGGGCGGGGCUGUCGCUGCUACGCAGGCCCAGGGAGCUGCCGCCCGUCGCCGUGGACGUGGUGAGAGCCGCGGCGCCGGCCCGGCCGCCCACUCGCCGCCCGCACUCAGCGCUGAGUCUCGUCUCGUCUCCCCGUAUGCAGGCGGAGCGCGAGCAGAGGAAGGGCGUGUUGUCGCGGCCCGUCGACCUGCUGCUGACGCUCCUGCUCCUGGCAGCCAUGGCCUUCAGCGCCUUCAGGGGCCUCGUGAGCGCCGCCGCGUCCGUCGCGUCCGUCGCAUCCGUCUCCCUCCCCUCGUUUUCCGUUUGCACGAGUGCCCCAGCGACUCGUUCUCUGCUCUGCUCCCCCUGUGCAGGUGGUGCUCGACUGUCCUUUGGACUCUUGCUUCACCUACAUCUACGGGUACGAGCCGUACCUGAAGGACCCGGUGGGCUACCCCAGGCUCACGAUGCUGCUCUUCCUGUUUUACGGCCUGCCGCUGAUGGCUGCGUUUGUCUACGGCCUGUGGACACCCGGAUGCGCCUGGAUGCUCGACUGGACCGUGUUGUUCGCGGGAGCCGUCGCUCAGGCCCAGUGGUGCCACAUCGGCGCCUCCCUGCACAUGCGGACGCCCUACACCUACCGCACCCCCGAGGAGACGUGGUGGCCCGUGGUCCUGGUCAAUCUGCUGUACACGGCGACACCCCUGUUACUGGCGUACCGCUGCGUCCGCCGGCCCGCCUUCUUCGUGAAGAGCGUCCCCCAGGGAGAGGCGACGCAGGCGAAGAAGAACGACUGACGCGCGGGCAAACGGACACACGCACGCACGCGCACGCACGCUGCCGCACACCCUCCAAGGGCCCCAGUAGAUCCACUCCGUACGUUCGACACGCGCUCAGAGUGUUGCGCUGCGAGACGUAAGUAACGAGAUGGAGCCCCUUUUGGAGCCCAGCAUGUCCACGCGCGCCAUCGCUCGGAUCGACACCCCCACCGUGGACCGUUGGACUUUUUAACGCACAAAGAACAACGGUAACAUUAAUGGUUCCAUAAACUGUGCUUAUCUUCACCGUCAAUGACCCAGGGGUGUGUGAGUCUCAGAGUCAAGACUACGGGACACACCCUCGCCGAUCCGAUAGCCAUCCGGUCUGGACUCUAGCACUGCUGGAGCUGCUCGGUUUGGUGGUGCGUCCCCUGCAGAGGGACUCGCCUGGGGGUGUCGCGGAAGUAAAGACGUGCAGAGAUCAGACUGGGUACCUUCAGCACCUUCAGGAGCUGCAGUGAGAGAUCACAAGUGCUUCUGGAGGUAAACCCGAUGAGCGUGUGGCGUGUGUGUGUGGUGUGUGUGUGCGGUGUGCGAGUCCGACGUGAACUGAGCCUUCAAAAGCCCCUCCUAGCGGUGUGCGGGGAUGCUCCGCCGUGUACCUCCACGCAGAUGAACGUGCAUUUGUAACGACGUCGAGUUUGCGCUUGCUCUGCUCGAGAGGUUUUUGCUGAACCAAAGCAGAGAAAAAUUUGUCUGCAAAACAUGAUCAAAUACAGGAUUUCUUUACACAUAAAUGUUCACAAGCCACUGAAAGUCUGAUCUAUUUAUCAGAGUGUCCGUUCACCUGUUUUGCCCUUUCAAAAGUAGAUUUAUUAAAAACUCCUUGAUUGCAAAGAAGUAGCCAAGUGACCUCACUGUAUCCGCCGCAUCAU